GUGGCAAGAUGGCGGGGGAGAGGAAGCUGCUGGGCGCUGACCGGGGGGAUACUCCCGGAGCAGGCGACGAAGAAGACGAAGGGCAGAGCUUAUGGUCUUCUAUUCUCAGUGAUGUUUCCACAAGCGCAAGAUCGAAGUUACCCUCUGGGAAAAACAUACUGGUAUUUGGUGAAGAUGGUUCAGGAAAGACCACUCUCAUGGCAAAACUUCAAGGUGCCGAACACAACAAGAAAGGAAGGGGGCUUGAAUAUUUAUACUUGAACAUUCAUGAUGAAGAUAGAGAUGAUCUCACACGUUGCAAUGUGUGGAUUUUGGAUGGAGACUUGUACCACAAAGGCCUUCUAAAAUUUGCUCUGCCUGCAGAAUCUAUCAGUGAGACUGUGGCAGUGUUUGUUGGGGACAUGUCCAGACCCUGGACUAUUAUGGAAUCACUGUUAAAGUGGGCAAGUGUUCUGCGAGAGCACAUAGACAAACUGAAAAUUCCUCCAGAGGAAAUGCGAGAAUUAGAACAAAAGAUUAUUAAGGAUUUUCAGGAGUAUGUUGAACCUGAAGAAGCACUCUCGGGAUCACCACAGAGAAGAGGUCCUACAUCAUCUGGGACAGAGGAUGAAAAUAUUGUCUUGCCUCUUGGGGAUAAUAUUUUAACACACAACCUUGGAAUUCCUGUGUUGGUUGUUUGCACUAAGUGUGAUGCAGUCAGUGUUUUGGAAAAGGAGCAUGACUACAAAGAUGAGCAUUUUGACUUCAUUCAGUCUCACAUACGGAAAUUUUGCUUACAAUAUGGGUCUGCCUUAAUUUAUACAUCUGUAAAAGAAGAAAAAAACCUGGAUUUGCUGUAUAAGUACAUUGUACACAAAACAUACAAUUUUCACUUUAAUCGUGCUGCCAUGGUGGUGGAGAAAGAUUCCGUGUUUAUUCCUGCUGGCUGGGACAAUGAGAAGAAAAUUGGGAUUUUGCAUGAAAACUUUUCAACGGUGAAACCUGAAGAUGCCUAUGAAGAUUUUAUUGUGAAACCUCCUGUUAGAAAGCUGGUGCAUGACAAAGAAGUUGCUGCUGAGGACGAGCAAGUCUUUUUAAUGAAACAACAGUCCUAUUUAGCAAAGCAGCCAGCCACUCCCACACGAGCCUCGGAGUCCCCAGCUCGAGCUCCCACAGGAUCCCCCCGCACUUCUGGUAGAACAGGUCCAAAUGCUGUACCCAGUUCUUCACCUAUGGCAGCUGCCAAGAAGCCAGACCCCAACAUUAAAAAUGCAGCUGCCAGUGAAGGUGUCCUGGCCAGUUUUUUUAACAGCCUGCUCAGUAAAAAGACUGGAUCACCCGGAAGCCCUGGUGGAGGAGGAGCAGCACAAGGUGUGGCCAAAAAGCCAGGCCAGAAGCCGGUAUUAACCAAUGUCCAAGAGGAACUGGACAGGAUGACCUGCCAGCCAGACACUGUGUUAGCCAAUUCUUCCACAACGGAGAAUGAGGCCUGACCAUCUUAUUAAGCUAAAGAAUACCAACACUUAUGUAAAUGACCAAAUAAUAUUAUUGUAUACAGAACUGAUGAUACCAAGGCUGCUCUGACACAGCAGAUACUGUAGUUUUUCUUGUGGAAAGAGACGAGCAGAUUCACUUGUCUCAAGCGUUACAUGCCCUUAUGGGAAGUUUGCCUUGAAUUGCCACCUGGUUUUUCCCUUAAGUGCAGGAGUUGGGCUAGCACUGCACUUUUCUGCACCUAUAAGCACUUAACGUGUUGUACUUACACUCUAGUCCAUCCCGAUGAAGGCUAAAACGUAAAUAAUAUUUAUCAGACAGCAUUCCCCUUUAGAUUAUCAACCUGCUGUCUAAACGACAGGUUACAUUGCAGGCACUGCUGCUGAAGGCAACUGAAUACAAUCCAGAAUGGGUUUUUAGAAAGUGAGUGGAAAGCGUUCCAUUAAUGAAAAAUAGGGAUAAAUGUAUGUUAAUAUGGAUUAGAGAAGCAGUUAGCCAAGACUCUGUGCUAUUCAUGUUUUUCUUUAACAUGCUUUGCCGGAGCAUAUAGAAAACAAUGUUUGGGGAAAAUUCACCCCGAGCAAAUAACAUGGGAAGAUUUGAAGUAAAGCAAAACCAUUUCAAGUGAAAGUUUGAUGGAAAUGACGCUGGGCAAAACAUUGUAUGUUUGGUCAGUUCCAAGUGCCUGGUGCAGUAGUUAAUAAAGUGCCAUCGCAGGUCCUUGGAGUAAUUAUGCACUGUAAUUGCCGUCACUUUUUUACAUAUAUAUUAUUUGCAAGUGCUCUA